AUGAGGGCGGGUGCGAGAUCUGAGAUCCUCGAAAAGUUUAUCCAAGCUGCUGAGCACAAUGCUCAUGAUUCACUGAUCUCAGUUCGCAUUGCUGCUUCAUGGGCCUUAGCAAAUAUAUGUGAUUCUAUUCGUCAUUGUAUCGAUGCACAGCCUUUUCAGACAGAUUCCAUAGCAUCGAGGGAGGGUGCUAGAUUUAUAUCAUUACUAGCGGAUUGUGCUUUGCAGUUGGCAAGUGACAAUGACAAGGACGAAUCCUCAUCAUCCAGUCAAAUGAGAGGUAUAGCUAUACAAGAUUAUGAGGGCUCAUUAGUAAAUCAUCCAAUGAGAGGUCCAAGUAAAGAGAAUUAG